CAGGGGCCGUAUUAUGAACUCUUAUUUCCAGUCAGUUUACGCCGUGAAUUGAAUUGCCUGGCUAAUUCGUAUUAUGAACACUACUGCCAGCCAGUCAGUGGUCACGUGACAACACAGACCGAUUUCUGCACGACUUUUGGCUGGCUGGCUGUCGUUUACGCGUAUUAUGAACUCUAUUUUGACGUUUCAAUUGCCAUGUUAAAUGUCAAAUUAUGACUUUAGAAACCAUUCAAUAAAAGCUUCUCACUUGCCGCUUAAAUUGAAUUGUUUAAUUUUGUUUUGGGUUUUAAAUAUCACAAUGUGUGACGAAUUAAUAUCCUUCGAUUUUUUGGAAAGUGAUGACAGUAGUGACGAGGAGGGACCUAGGCACCAAAUGGUCAAAAGGCGUAAAAUACGCCAAGAAUGUGAUCCAUUCUCGAUCGAAGACCGGGAAUUUAUCAAAAGAUAUAGGCUUACCAAGGAUUUGGUACGGAAUCUUUGUGAUGAGCUUAAACCUCAUAUGUCUGUGCCAAAAAAAUCAACAGAUUUGUCUGUAGAGACCAAGGUUUUAGUUGCAUUAUCUUUUUAUGCGACUGGGUCUUACCAACGUCCCAUUGGAGAUAUUGGCUCACACUCCAUCUCCCAGCCAACAGUUUCAGUUGUAAUAAAAGAAAUUACAGCUUUAUUGAAUUUGCCUCAAAUAAGGGCAAAAUAUAUUAAGUGGCCACAAUCAUCAUCAGAACGCCGUGCUAAUGUUGUAAAAUUCUAUAAUAAAUUUGGCAUGCCCGGUGUGUUGGGCUGUAUUGAUUGCACCCAUGUUGCAAUUAUUCGCCCGCAGGAACAUGAAGAGAGAUAUUACUGCAGAAAACAAUACCACUCUCUUAAUGUACAAUUGAUUAGCAAUGCUGACAUGGAGAUUAUUAGUGUGGAUGCUAGUCAUGGAGGUGCAUCGCAUGACUCAUUUAUAUGGGAGAGCCAUCCACUUAAACCAUAUAUGGAAAUAAUUAAUAGAAAUGAGUCUGUAUGGUUACUGGGUGAUUCUGGCUACGCCCUGAGGAGGUACAUGAUGACUCCAAUUGUCAACACCUCUCCAGGCUCUCCAGAAGCCUCUUACACUUACCUCCACACAAAAACCAGAAAUAUAGUUGAAAGAACUAUAGGGUUGCUAAAAGCAAGAUUCCGGUGUCUAUUAGUACACCGGGUCUUACAUUAUUCACCCAUAGUAGCAGCCUCAAUAGUCAACGCUUGCACAGUGUUGCACAAUAUUUGUGUAAGAGGCAAUGUAGUAGAAAUACCUGAAUUGUCAGAGGAGGAGUUGGUGUACGAAGCAAGCAUGCAGCAGUCACAGCCUCACCAUGCACAGGGUGCAACAGGCAGCGCCCGUGAGUUGAGAGAUGGCUUAGCUGCUAGAAGCGCCCUCGUCACUCGUCUCUCUGCCUCCCGUUCUUCUAGACAAUAAUUUUUAUAUACAUUUAUUAAUGAUAAACAAAUACAAUGUAAUAUCUUGAUUUGGCUCACGAGGUUGUCGACAUGUGGAAUGUGGAUUUGGCUAUCGUUGUGCCGAUAGUCGUAUCGGCCAAUGGAUUAAUACCCAACAGCCUCACCUUAGGAGGCUGGGGUUGGGCGGAUGGAUCAAGGGCCUGAUGCAGAAGGCAGUACUCCUCGAAACGGCACGUAUUGUGAGGAGGUUUCUGUCUCUGGAGCCCUAACCACCCGGUAGCUUGGACCAUGCUCCCGCUAAUGGUCGGCUCCUAUUUUUAUAUUUUUAAAUAUUAUUUUAUUUUGUAUUUUUUAAAAAUGUAAAUUUAGAAAAUUUUAAAUAAAUGUUAAUAAUAAUAAAUACAGACUUGGUUAAGUGGGACCUGAAUAAGUGAGAAACCUCCACAAUGUUAUGUUAUGUUAUGUUCACCUCCAUUAAUGGAACCCUCUGUAAAUGAGACAAAUGUUUAUUUGAGAUGUCUCACUUAACGAGGUUUCACUGUAUAAUAAAUGUAUGUAUUACCUGUCCAUUUUA